AGCCACUCAGUACACAUGCAUGUUGCUUAGCUAUCUAAUAGAGCGUAAGGCUGGUAAAGAGAAGCUGGUAAUGAAAAUCAAGCAGUUGGAAUCUAGCAUGAGCUCUGGGCGGAAAACCUCCAACCUGACCCGUGCCCUCUACUUCGUCUGCGAUACGGUCCUGUGGUUGAAGAGCGUUGGACUCCAGCCUGACAUUGAUAAGCUCAAGUGGCGGAAUUGGGCUACCAAGUGUUACUACUGUUCACUCCUGAUGAGUCUAGCCAGGGACUGGUAUGAGAUCUCCUGGAGGGUGGAACAAGCUGUGCAGGAACAAAAGAUGAAGGAGAAUUUCCUCUGGGACAAACACAGUCAGGAGCUAAACUGUGUGAAAUGUGAUGGUUUGCCUGGUUUUCUCCUUCUGCUCUUUCAGAUACUGAAGAGACAUCCUCCUUUGCUGCUGGACUUGGUGAAGAAUCUCUGUGAUCUCUCAGGUCCUUUGGAUACACUAGGGAUCUACAAGACCAACCCAGGGGUUAUUGGUUUCUGUGGCAUCAUCUCCUCCCUGGUGGGGAUCCUCACAUUAGCAAGCCCACAUCUGAAGUUGAAACAGUGA